AUGGCAACCACUGUCGGACCUGAGAGUAUGAUGAUAGCCACAAGCACACAGGUUUUGGACGAGCCUUCGAUGCAUGCGAUUUCUCUUCCGGUAAUGCUGGAUAAUUCUACUUCCUCAACACCAUCCUUCUCCGGACCACAAUCUCCGCGUACGAUGCCUCCACUCCCAAAUCCACCAUUCGUCUUCCCAGCAAGGCCCUCAUCGGCCUCUGCGCCCUCAUCUUUCUCGAGAGCGACUGGACGACGGCCGCUGUCUGCCAUUGAAAUCCAAGACCGAUCGACCUUUUCCUUGAGUUCUGACGCUGCAGAUCGACCUUCGAAAUCACCCGCGCUUCCCAACUUCACCUUCAACCCUGGUGCUUCGCUGUCCCCGGAGACUUCCCUUCUGCUCAGUCCUCCUUUAUCCCCUCCGCCUGUGUCCCCAAGACUAGCAGCAUCACCUGCAAGACCAACUGGAGUCGGACACAGGAGAGGAGGGAGCGAGUUCGUGGGAGGAAGCAUUCGUUCCGGAGAUUCGAUCACAGUAACCGGUACAAGUCCCACGAGGUCCGAAAGUGGGUUUGCGUCUCCAAAUUUCCAGCUACCACCCUCGAGAGCCCCCGGCGGACGCGGCCACAAACACAGACGGUCGGCUGCGCUUUCAAGCCAUGACUUAUCUCUCAUUGUCCAGCCUUCAACACCAGGAGACCUAAGGGGAAACAGUGCACCUACAAGCCCGGCUGAAUUCGAUCGACGCCUAGACCAUCACAAUGCAGGUUUAGUCGAGAAGACUCUCAAGGGCGUCGAAUCUGAACCAGCUCUCAGGGUACCCACGGAACUCGCCAGGCCAGUCACUGCGGAUUCGGGCAUUUCGAGUGGCAGGGCUUCUCCUGCUGCUCGGCCAAUUACACGUGCUCGGGUUGGCUUCUCUGAUACUCUCGAGUUUAUCCCGCGCCCGCUAUCAAUGGUGUCCAGUGAUACUUCUAGUACAGUUACAGCCCGCCCCGGAGGCCAUUCAGUAUCUGGAAGCAUUUCGUCCAUCAUUUCCAUCCCGACGACAGCUACACAUGUGGAUAAUGAGCCUGUAAUUCCCCUUGUGCUCAGCCCUUCACGCCAAAACAACGAGUCGAGGCCCAGCACUGCCGGGGCGGUUUUGGAACGAUCCCAGAGCAUUCAAUCAGUCGGGGCAUCACCAAGGAGGAGAAACUCCAUACCCACCCUAAUCAACGUGCCCGAAGCAGGGUCUGUCGGGCCCCCGAUGCCAAGCCCAACCAAGACGCCAAAGAGGUGGUCAUUCUUCGGAUUGGACCCUUUCAACGCGGCUGCGUCACCACUCCGCACGAGACCCAUGAGCUCUAGUUCUUCCGAGUCCGGAUCCAAGCCAACCAGCUCGUCUUCGUCGUCUACCUCGGAACACAUUGCGGAAUCGGUUGUUACGUCAGAAUUCUCCAACCAAGCCGGUCAGAGACCAGAAGGCAAGAAGUCCAAGAAAAAGAAGAAGGUCAAAAACUGGGCCGGAUCUAUCUUGGCACGAAAGAGCAAACCGCGGAAUAAGAAGUGCAAAGAUCUGGAUCUUACAGGUGAUUCUGCACGUCAAUUUGAGACAGUCGAGCAAAAGGAUGAGACCCUCACUCUCUUGGUGGAGCCAGAAGUCAACAUUGAACCAGUAACACCCACACUCAUGGUAACGGACACCUCCAGUCAGCCACAGAGCCUGCAGGAGUGGAAGCCGCGGCCUGCUUCGGCCCAUGACGACACAUCUUUCCCCAUGAUUGAUCUGGAUGCCGCACUGGGACCUUUCAACACGCCUCUGGCGAACAAUCCGGAAUGGGACGCUGCCCAGAGAGCUGCAGCUUCUACCAAGCGGCAGCUGCAUAGUGCACAGGGCAUGAAGGGUUUCAGCGGACCAGGAAUGCACUAUCAUCGACGCGCUGAAAGCGCUCCUGAGAUGGUACCUUUCGAGGCGGGUCGAUUUGGCAUUCAUCGUUUUGGCAGCAGCUCGACAAUGGCCGAUGUAUUCGAGGAGGAUGAGGAAGACGACGAACACCCUGGCAAAUGCGCAUCACUAUACACCAGCAGUCGUGCGACUAGAGCCGAGUUUCAGGACAGCGCAGAAUCCUCUGGCGACGAGGCGACGCCACCCGCUAUCAAUAAAGUCCAGCAGCCCGUUCUCGACGACACUCCUACCAGCGUUCCCGACCUCAACACCAGCCGUGAUCUAGUCAUUGAUUUAGACACCGCGGUGGUAGAUGCUAAGAUGAGCUCGGAGGCGGCGUCGACUCCACUGCAAGAGCACGUCACAGUAGAAGAGCCCAUUGCCCAGAUUCUUGAGUUCCGCACGGGCUCCAUCUUCAACGAAAAGGCAGAGUCCACUGCCUCCGCAACUCCGUCUCCCCGCAGAAUUCUCGCAAGCAAGGACUUGGCUCCUGUCGACGUCAGCCCCCUACACCUGCCGACUCCCUCUCACGUUCCUGUCAGUCCGUAUUCGAUGAGCCACGCCUCAUCCUUCCCGUCACCCCGUUCACCCAUGUCCUAUGAUGCCCAGCGGAUCUCCACGGCACCAUCUUCAGUCAACGAGGAGAACAACUUUCAAUCUCUGCUCCUCGGAGAGCCGGGUCCAGAAGUCAGGCUUUCCGUCGACAUUCCUUCGUUGACCUCCAGCCACUCAACGAUGACAAGGGAUAGCUCUUUUGCCACCAGCUCUCAGUUGAGGCAGGAGCCCAUACGACCCGAUCAACAGCGGCCGGUCUCGGUGUCUUCGGCAGCCUUCGGGCGUCGACGAUCUAGCCUUGCUAGUCUGAGCAGACUCAUCAGCAGUUCUCAUGGGGAACGCAGCAAGCUGUCAAUGGAAGUUUCAUACGAUGGGGAGGGUGACAAGAAGCACAAGUCCAGCAAGUCGAAACGACUUAGCCGGAUGAUGCGAUUCUGGAAGCCCAACAAAGAGGAGACUUGA